UCCGCCCACCCAAACGAGCACGGCUUCCAACGACAAUUCAGGACGCUACAGUGAAGAGGAACAAAAAGGCGACCUGACAGUGGUGUCUGCACUCCCUCCACUUUCUCCGGGGUAGUUACGGGAUUUCAAUGUUCAACCUGAUCCUUGCUUUCUGUGUUGACUUCAGCCGUACCUAUAUGGCGUGUGUGACCGGAGAAUUCUGCCAGGCACAGCACCUCACCUCAGCGGAGAAGUGAAUCGGCCGACCCCCGAGGGACUACGCUACCCAGAAACCCCCCUGACUGCCAGCACAUUAGGAACUGCUGACUCUUCCAAAAGGCCGCCGCCCCCCCUCCCCUCUGGGAUACUGCGUAGUCCUUGGCCUGCCUUCCCUGCCCUGUCCCAACCAAUACGAAAAAUAUUUGCUUUCAACUUUCUCCUUGAACAGCCAAUCACAAACAGCUCUCCUGAAUGGGCCGUCUCGCCAACAUGAACCGCCCUGCUGCAGUCGAGAUUAAACAUGAGGCCAUGAGGUUCCUUAUCACGCACAAUCCCACCAAUGCUACACUCAACAAGUUUACUGAGGAACUGAAAAAGUUUGAGGUCAACACUUUGGUGAGAGUUUGUGAUGCCACCUAUGAUAAGGCUCCAGUGGAAAAAGAGGGCAUACAAGUCGUGGACUGGCCAUUUGACGAUGGCGCCCCUCCUCCCACGCAGAUCGUAGACGACUGGCUCAAGCUGCUUAACACAAAGUUUCGAGAGCAACCUGGCUGCUGCGUCGCUGUACACUGUGUGGCAGGGCUGGGCAGAGCUCCAGUCUUGGUGGCCUUAGCUCUCAUUGAGGGAGGAAUGAAGUAUGAAGAUGCCGUGCAGUUCAUAAGGCAGAAGAGACGUGGAGCCUUCAACUCCAAACAGCUUCUUUACCUCGAGAAAUACAGACCCAAAAUGCGUCUGCGGUUCAAAGAGAACGGCCACAACUGCUGCGUGCAGUAGGCUGCCCGUCUGUGCAUCUGCUUGUAAUGCACAUAGUUUGGAAUCUUCCAACAAAGAAGAUUUUUAACA